AUGUGGAAAGUGAGACUAGUAUUCGCUGUUGUUUCUAUUGGUUGUGUUUUGCCACUGUCUUGGACUUACACCAUCAAUAACGAAUUGAAUCUUCAUACAGCUUUGUUUUCGGCCACAUAUGAUCCUCACGUCAGACCGGGAACGGAUAGGACAAGUCCUCUACAAAUAAACGUUACGUUUUACUUAUUCAGUAUCAAGGAGUUUGACGAGACUAUAAGUAAGUUCUCCAUUACCGGCGGUCUAGCUGUUUCAUGGACUGAUGAUCGGCUACUCUGGGACCCGUCAAGCUAUGGGGGGAUAGAGGUCACUGUUGUUCCCCAGAAGAAAUUAUGGAUUCCAUAUCUCGUCAAUAUGCUGGACUAUAACUCACUAAGUGAAAUUGGGCAUCAGAAUUUGAAUGUAAGGGUGGAGAAAGAUGGACAGGUAAAUUGGGUAACGCCAAAUCUUUUUGAGAGUACCUGUGAUGCCGAUUUGUCUUAUUACCCAUUUGACACCCAGACUUGUACCCUGAGAUUCUUUAUACCAGGGUAUAUGCCCUCCGAAAUAGUAUUCAUGAUUAGCGGGCAGAUGUAUAUGUCGGAAUUUAGUGAAAACAGUCUUUGGAAGGUGACUGAAACAAAACUAUUUACUUUCACAAAUACUCUUCUUCUCCAGGAGGCGCGAAUGGCUAUCACUAUGAGAAGAAGACCGGUUUACUAUAUAUCUAGCUUAAUUCUCCCCGUUGCUUUCCUUUCGUUUCUCCAACUAUGUGUAUUUCUGAUGCCACCCGACUGUGGUGAACGUGUAGGUUUUGUUGUGACCGUACUUCUAGCGAUCGCUGUGUAUCUUACUUUGGUUCAAGAUAAACUUCCAGAGGGAUCAGAACCUAGUGUAUCUUUCCUAAGCUACAAACUUUUGGGCGACUUCAUGGUCGGUGUUUUUAUGGUGGUAGGCGUUGUUAUUGGACUGCGUUUUUAUCAGAGAGAGGAAGAUAAGCCCAUUCCAAAUUACUUACAAACUUUUCACAGAAUUUCCCUUUGUAAUUGUCUUUGCUACAGGAGAAAACGGAAAGUGCACUUUGACGAGGGAGACACUGUCAAAGAUGUAACGCUGGAUCCUGUGACGGAAAUUUUAACAUGGCGUGAUAUUGGAAUUGCUACUGAUCGUUUCUGUCUAAAAGUGUUUGGAUUUUGUUUGAUGAACUGUAAUAUUUUAUAUCUCAUUGUCCUUGCUAUCUUAGCGUAA